GUAGAACGAUAGAACGAGAGCUGACGUCAGCGCGAGAAUUGCAGUCAGCGCGAGAGAGCAGGACAGGGCGGUUCGGUUCUGAUCAGUUUUACAGAUUAAUUCUCCCGUUUCACCUCAAAACCGCCUGGAACCAUGUCCGGAGACGAGAUGAUUUUCGACCCCACGAUGACCAAGAAGAAGAAAAAGAAGAAGAAGCCUUUCAUGUUGGAGGAGGAAGGUGGAGAAGGUGAAGAUGGAGUGCAGCCUGAAGCGAAGGAGCCUGAAGUGGAUGCAGGAGAAGAGAAAGACUUUGAUUUAGAUGAAGAUGAGGGGAGGAAGAAAGAACCAACAGAUGACCUGGAUGAUCUAAACUUCUUCAACCAGAAGAAAAAGAAAAAGAAGCCCAAAAAAGAUAAGCUUUUUGACAAUGAGCUGGAUGAAGGAAUGAAGGAGCUGAAGAUUGAAGCGGAGCCGCCUGAGACACUAGAAGAUGAUGAUUUAAUGUUGCCAGCAAAAAAGAAGAAGUCCAAGAAGAUUAAAGAUUUCCAAGAUGAUACAGAUAUUCUGUGCAGAGACGACGGUCUGGAGGAUGACGACAGUAAAAACAUGGAUGAGAUCACGUUCAGCUCACAGACGGGACCGGCCUGGGCCGGGACUGAGAGAGAUUACACGUACGAUGAGCUUCUGAGCAGAGUCUUUAACAUCAUGCGAGAGAAGAAUCCAGACAUGGUUGCUGGUGAGAAGAGGAAGUUUGUGAUGAAACCUCCUCAGGUGGUCAGAGUUGGAACAAAGAAGACCUCCUUCGUUAAUUUUACAGACAUCUGCAAAUUGUUGCAUCGACAGCCGAAACAUCUGUUGGCCUUUUUGUUGGCUGAAUUGGGCACAUGUGGUUCCAUAGAUGGAAAUAAUCAGCUUGUUAUUAAAGGAAGGUUCCAGCAAAAACAGAUAGAGAACGUCUUACGAAGAUACAUCAAGGAGUAUGUGACGUGCCACACGUGUCGGUCCCCCGAGACCAUCCUGCAGAAGGACACUCGGCUGUACUUCCUGCAGUGCGAGACGUGCCAUUCCCGCUGCUCCGUGGCCAGCAUCAAAACCGGCUUCCAGGCCGUCACCGGAAAACGAGCGCAGCUUCGUGCCAAAGCCAACUGAUACCGACCCGCAACACGACGCCGUGUUUCAUGGCCAAACUAACAGAUCUGUUCACACACUGCAGUAUUUUAACCACAGGUCAGAUGUCUCUGUACCGUCCUGUGGACGCCAUGUUCUGCAUGUUAUUGGGUUUUUCUUGCUUUUACACGGCAGACACAUGAGGAGCUGGUUAAUUGGGUAAUGAUCUGAACCAAGGGACUGGAAUAUUGAAAACAUGGUGAUGUGUGAUGUGUUUCCAGACCUGGGAUUGGGAUUAUUGGGAAGAUUUGUGUGCAUGGAUUUGUGGAGUCUGGCCAUGAAGCACUGGAUUUACAGCUGUGCGAGAUGGGAUCCCAAGGCAUGGACAUUUUUAUGAACUGUUGGAUUUGUUACUGCUGCCUUGCCUACACAGAAAAAAAAAAUAAAAUCAGUAAAAUGCA